CACAGCAGGCUCCAAGCUGACGCCCCUCCCCAGAAACAGUCACAAGGCAUGUCUGCUCUCUAGAUCGCGCCGCAGGCCCUUGGCCAUCUCUGGCUUCAGCCUCCUCUCUGUUCUCACUGCACAGCCCUAGUAGGGGUCCCUGAGGCCUGAGGGGAACCCCAGCACUAGGCCUCUCCUCUACCCAGAGGCUUCUGGUCAACUUCCCUUUCCCCACGUCCCUGCCCUGCGGGCCCCCGGGGUGACUACACAGAUGGGUGGUGUUGCCCACUCCACACAGGGCUUUGCUGGGCAUGGCGGGGGCCCAUGGCCAAAGCACAGCAUGCCAGGCAAAGAAGGGAGGCAGGCAGCUGGGCAGGGUACUCUGGGCUGAAUACAAAAGAGUCAGGGGCAGUGGCUUUUGAGCCAGGCCUCCAGCAUUGGUGUGGGAAGGAAGGAGGACAUUUCUGAGGCAGGGAAGAGCCAGGCACUCAUGAGUGGCCCAGGCUGGCCGGAGGCCUAUGGGAAGGAGCCGUGCCUGGAGGCCCUGAAUGCCUGGCUUAACCUAUUCCAGAGCCAGGUGUGUGCUUGGGGACUGUAGAAUGAAGAUACAAACGACAUGGAGUCCAGACCGGCCGUGCUCAGGGAGCCCUUGAAGGCGCUGAACAGGGCUGAGGGUAGUGAGAGCUGGCUCUAAAGUGACUGCUUGGUUACUGAGUGCAGGAUGUGGGGAGGGAGGCGAAGGACAGGAGGCGGGGAGACAAACCGCUGCAGUGGGAGAGGAGGAGAUGAAAAGAGGGCAAAUGGGAAGAAUGUGGUCCAGCAGAAACAGGCUGGACUUGGGGCUGAGCGAGGCAGGAGUCUGGGGAAGGGUAGGUGUGGUUGGGUUGGCUUCAGACACACUGAUGGGAUAGCAUGGGACCCCUGGGCACAGAGAUGUCCUGGAGCAAGCUGAAAUGUGGACUUGGGGAUGGCAUCAGGGUGACAAUGGGAAUGGACAGGCUCUCUUCCAGGGACGUGGGGUCAGGGAGAGAAAAGGCCGUGGAAGAGGGUUGAGAAGGCACUGUCAUGGAAUUAAGGGCCAGUGGAAAGCUGUGUUCAAGAUGGCAGAAAUCAGGAGAGGCUGGAACCAAGAAAGUCCUGUCGGGUUGAGUUUGGGGAGGGCUCAGGGAAGGGACGGCCUCUUUGAGAAAAGUGGUGGCCAGGGAGGGUUGCAGCAGUGGUGAGCAGGUGAGCUGAUCUGACAGCUCUGGACAUUCAGAAGCCUUCGGGCUGCUAUCAACCCCAGGACCUCACGGAUGACACUAUAGCGUGGGGUGGCAAAGUGAUCCCACAUGGCACAGGUGCCAUGUGAUUAUAUGGAGAAGGCGGGGUAAAAAUGGCAAUCAGGCCUUCCAGCCCAGAGUCUCAGAACUGAGGACGCCCUACAGCAGGAGGUAACGCUCAAGCUAGCUGGCCCUCCUCAAUCAAGCUAUCCUGCCAUGUUCCACGUAGGGAAACGGAGAGCAGAGGGUCAGCCUUGGCCACCUAACAAAACCAGGGCCCAAGACCCCAGGCUGGGCCUCCAGUAAUCAAGGGCCGGAACUGAGCUGACGGAGGCCUGCACCCUAGUUCCGGUGUGGGUGGAGGGGCCGGCCCUGAUUUCGAAACUCGUCUUCCUCUCCUGACGCUGGCAGCCAAGUGCAGCCUCUGCAAAAGGGACUCGUGCGGCAGGCGAAGGCAGCCGUUCGCCGCGGGCGGUCCUCCGCCGGGACGGCUCUGCCGCUGCCUGAGCCUGCGCCCCUCUCUCCCCGAACUCCUAUCCCUGACUUCAGGGCCCCGGGGGCCGCCUCCCCACAUCGCUAGGCCUGCAGACACCGGCCAGGUGCCAGGGGAAGGUGCUUCCCACUCAGCCGGCGAGCACUUAGUGGCGUCUGCUAGUUGCUCGUCUCCAGGAUAGGUGCUCGGUGAUGCGAGGGGAGCCGGGGCUUCCCACUUCACCCGCACCCCCCGGCAGAGUCGGUGACCGCGGGACCUGGGGUAGGAAGACCGGGGCGAGCGAGGGGAUCCGCGGGGGAAACGCAGGUAUCACGGCUGUAGUAGGACCGCGGCCCGCCGCGCACGCGCGCGCAAGACCCAGGGGACCAGUGCCCGCCCCACCCGGGCCCCGCCUUUCCCUUCCGGACCCGCCACCGGGGGUCUGCGCAGGGCUCGGGGCGCCUCCUGCGGGCCGCGGGAGGAGCUGUAACCAGGUCUCGCCCUCCAGGCCGCCCCAGCGGACCCGGGCCCGACCGAGGUCGGGGUGCAGACCCAAGGUCGGGCAUCUCCUCGGGCGCGCGGGCCCCAGCGCGCGCUGGCCUGGCCGCGGUUGCCAUGGUUGCGGGGGGACGGGGCGCACGCGAAGCCCCGCCCCGGCCCGGCGCAGCCCCGCCCGCCCCGCUGCCCGCUCCGCCCUCCCUGCCGUCCGCGCUGCCGCCGCCGCCGCCGCUGCCGCCGCUACUGCUGCGGGGGCCGCGGGGGGCGCAGCUGGGGCGCGGCUCGGAGGGGAGGCUAGGGGGCCGUGCCAGGCUAGAAGCCGAGGCGGGGCCGGGAUGCGGCGCUGAGGCCCAGCAUGGCCAGCCCGUGCCCCACCUUCCCGCUGCACCGGCUCGUCUGGGCGAACCGGCAUCGCGAACUGGAGGCCGCACUGCACAGCCACCAGCACGACAUUGAACAGGAGGACCCCCGCGGGCGGACCCCGCUGGAGCUGGCCGUGUCUCUGGGAAACCUGGAGUCUGUGAGAGUGCUCCUUCGACACAAUGCCAACGUGGGCAAAGAGAACCGCCAGGGCUGGGCAGUCCUGCAGGAGGCAGUCAGCACUGGAGACCCUGAGAUGGUGCAGCUGGUGCUCCAGUAUCGGGACUACCAGAGGGCUACACAGAGGCUGGCGGGCAUUCCGGAACUGCUCAACAAACUUCGCCAGGCCCCCGAUUUCUACGUGGAGAUGAAGUGGGAGUUCACCAGCUGGGGUGAGUGGGGACCUCUGGGCUCCCAGGGAUUUGGGGUGGGGCUUUUGGGAAGACCCCCAGUGACCCCUGUGCACCCUGCAGUGCCCCUUGUGUCCAAGAUGUGCCCGAGCGAUGUGUACCGCGUGUGGAAGCGGGGUGAAAGCCUGCGAGUAGACACCAGCCUCCUGGGCUUCGAGCACAUGACCUGGCAGCGAGGCCGGAGGAGCUUCAUCUUCAAGGGCCAGGAGGCAGGAGCCCUGGUGAUGGAGGUGGACCAUGACCGGCAGGUGGUGCAUGCGGAGACGCUGGGGCUCGCUCUGCAGGAGCCCGAAGCACUGCUGGCCGCCAUGCGGCCCAGCGAGGAGCAUGUGGCCAGCCGCCUCACCUCUCCUAUCGUCUCCACCCACCUGGACACUCGUAAUGUGGCCUUUGAGAGGAACAAAUGUGGUAUCUGGGGCUGGCGGUCUGAGAAGAUGGAAACUGUUAGCGGCUACGAGGCCAAGGUGUACAGUGCCACCAACGUGGAGCUGGUGACACGCACACGCACGGAGCACCUCUCUGAUCAGGACAAGUCGAGGAGCAAAGGGGGGAAGACUCCGUUCCAGUCCUUCCUGGGGAUGGCCCAGCAGCACUCCUCCCACACCGGGGCCCCUGUGCAGCAGGCAGCCAGCCCCACCAACCCCACAGCCAUCUCCCCUGAGGAGUACUUCGACCCCAACUUCAGCCUGGAGUCACGGAACAUUGGCCGCCCCAUCGAAAUGUCCAGCAAAGUACAGAGGUUCAAGGCAACACUGUGGCUGAGUGAAGAGCACCCGCUCUCCCUGGGUGACCAGGUGACACCCAUCAUUGACCUAAUGGCCAUCAGCAAUGCUCACUUUGCCAAGCUGCGCGACUUCAUCACCCUGCGCCUUCCACCUGGCUUCCCCGUCAAGAUUGAGAUUCCCCUUUUCCACGUGCUCAACGCCCGCAUCACCUUCAGCAACCUGUGUGGCUGUGACGAACCCCUGAGCUCGGUGUGGGUGCCGGCCCCCAGCUCUGCUGUUGCCGCGUCAGGGAACCCUUUCCCGUGCGAGGUGGACCCCACCGUGUUUGAGGUGCCCGAGGGGUACAGUGUGCUGGGCACGGAGCGCAGCGAGCCCCUCCGAGAUGAGGACGAUGACCUCCUGCAGUUCGCCAUCCAGCAGAGCCUGCUUGAAGCGGGCACCGAGGCGGAGCAGGUGACCGUCUGGGAAGCCCUGACCAACACCCGGCCUGGUGCCCGCCCUCCUCCCCAGGCCACGGUUUAUGAGGAACAGCUUCAGCUGGAGCGGGCCCUCCAGGAAAGCCUGCGGCUGUCCACAGAGCCCAGGGGCCCAGGAUCCCCUCCCAGGACGCCCCCAGCCCCCGGCCCACCCAGCUUUGAAGAGCAACUUCGCCUGGCCCUGGAGUUGUCUUCACGGGAGCAGGAGGAGCGGGAGCGGCGCGGGCAGCAGGAGGAGGAGGACUUACAGCGGAUCCUGCGGCUGUCACUCACCGAGCACUGAGCCACAGCCCCGGGAGGGCUGGCCAGGCCACUCCCUGCCCGCUUUUGUAAUUUAUUUAUUUAUAAACUCUCUGCUGCUGGGCUUGGGGCCUGGAGCCCCAGGGAUGGUCGGGCAGGGGAGACAGAUGGAAAUAAAGAGACUGUCGCAGCA